AUGUUGCGCUCAAAAUGCGUCGAGUUACCCAUUGAUGCUGAAUCAGAAUCUCUGACGCGUGGUACACCAAGAAGUCGUGAUCACACAUGUGCGGAGCUGCAAUCUCAGUUUGCUGCAGCAACUCUCGUGGGUGGUAAAACAGACUACAAGACGAUGAAAACCGACUCUGGCGUCAAGGACACUUACAUGGAGGCCUUUUUUGACAGGAUGUUUGCUAUUUCAACAAAACCUGCUAACCUUUCACACUUCUCUGACCGGCCUCCUGCGGAGACAAAAUCAGCAUUCGACAUCAGGAUAUCGGCAAUCGACUUCAAGUUCACUCGCAAACCCACUCUCGCUCAAUUUGUCCACCCAUUCACAGCAAUGAACUAUCCCAACACUCCCAGCCAGCACAACACUUGGUCGAUGGCCAGCUCGCCUACUCCCACGCUCUAUGCAGCCUCCGCCGCUGGCAGCGAUAUCACCAUUGACAACCUCCCAACUCCAACCAACUUUGCGGACGCGCUUGCCAACUCGUUUGAUAUCUCAAUCCGGACUAUCGCGGGGACCUUCACGCCUUGGUUUGCAGCCGAACGGACUGUCGUUGCAAAUGACCUACGUACUCGCUUCAAGGGACUUCAGAUCGCCGAGCGUGUCUAUGCCUACCACGAGGACAUCAAGAGCGUGCUCCAGGAAGCUAUUAUGGCGCUCGGUCAAAACACGAGCCUGACCAACGAACAGAAGGCUAGUCCACUUGCAGCAUUAUAUCCUCUCUCAUCAUUGCGUGGAUACCUCUAUAUCCUAUAUGAAGUUAACUCAACCCGAGAAUCGUCGGUGUGCUCAGCCUUUCCAACCCGACCUGCUUACAACAAGAAACCAAGUUCAACGAUGGGAGAAAUGUUCGAUGCAGGUGAAUACCGUAUACUCACGGACAGCCCAGACCUCGUCGUCAAGUGCGCAAAAUUUCAAACUGGACACAAGUUGAAAGACAUCUCGAAUCCGGAGCUCGACGCAGAAAACCGCCCUCAAGGCAAUUGGAGAAUUCGGACCGGAAGUUUGCGAGCGCGAAGUUUUCGAUGCAGUAUCUGUAUGGGCUCCCUUGGAAAAGAAAACCUUCACGCACUUAGAAUAAAAAUCUCAACAACCUCGAGCCAGCAAUACCUGAUCACCCCACUUCGUCAUCAACCACAUCGACAACGUCAAUGGUGUACUCAAACGAGUUGUCGUCUUGAAAGAACCACCGUCACGCUCACUAACCUAUUCAAAAAAGGAGCUGCGAAACCUUCUCGGCCAUCUGCAAUGUCAAUGGAAAUGCGUCAAAAGCAACAGGAAAUGAAGGCAGUAUUUGGGAAGCGUGCACUGGCAGGAAGUGCGAUCGCGGGGCCUUCGAAUGUGGUGACAAGUGUCCGCGAAGCGCUGCUGCUGAAUCAGAAGAGAAAACAAGCAAAAAAAAGGUCCAGGAAGGACCCACAGUGCCCAAUGCAACGGACACAAAUAUUCCAAACCCGGUCACUCGUGAUUCCACGAAGACGUGACACCGGGCCAUCGCAAUCAAUUGCAGUACUCCCUCUGUUUUCGUUCUGUUUGUACCGCCGCGCGCCGGCUCAUUUUCAUUUACUUAGUGUUGUUCAACUUGUUGGGUAA